AUGGCGUGCACCUCCCCUUCAAAUUUCACUGGAGGAGAUGGUUGGAAAUCCCAGAUCGUCAACCUUGAGCUGGAAACCACGAAGCAGGAGGGCGAGGAAGGCGAAGUGCUUUGCGUGAAAAGCACCUUUCUGGAUAUGGGAGAUGGCCUGAGCUUGAAGAAGCGAUUCCGGUCGCUCCGCAAGGCGUCUACCGACGGGAAUUUGGACGACCCAGAGGGUCCCGAGGUCUAUGAGCCUGGCACCUUCUCAUCUGAGCUUGACGAGGCUGCCUUCGCUGGCAUCACCCUCAAGCGCAGCGAUUCACAGGAGUCAGGGACCAAGACGGGCACAACUACUCCGGGUACACCCACUGGAGCAGAGGACAGCAGCGAAAACGAGACAUCAGAGGAGAAGUGCGAGGAGGAGUUGUCCCAGGAGCAAGCCUCGCCAAAGCAGGAUGCCAUAAAAAGGAGGCCGCGCACGACUGUGAUGAUGCGAAACCUCCCCAACAACUACACGAGGUCCAUGUUGCUCCACCUGUUGGACUCACGAGACUUCGCUGGGAAGUACGACUUCCUAUACCUCCCGAUUGACUUCGCUCGCAAGGCCAACUUGGGCUAUGCCUUCGUCAAUCUUGUGAACGAGGAAGCCGUCGCGGCAUUUUGGGCUCUCUUUGACGGCUUCAGCACGUGGUCCUUCCCAUCCUCCAAGGUGUGCGAAGUUUCAUGGAGCGGCCCGAAGCAGGGAUUCAAGGCUCACGUGGACCGUUACAAGAACAGCCCGGUGAUGCACAAGAGCGUUCCUGAUGACUACAAGCCCAUCAUUUUCGCCAAUGGUGUCCGCAAGAAGUUUCCGGCGCAUUUGGCAGAUUCGCACACCGUCGUGGUCCCUCAGCUGGUCCGGUCGACCUUCGUGGAUGUGAAGGAGGGCCAGAGUCUUCACGAGAUCUGCCGGGAUCUGCGCCGAUGCAAGUCGGAAUCAGACAUCUUCGGCCUCGUGGAGGAGUCAUACACACCAGGAAAGUUCAGCGACGAGCAGGAGCUCCGCAGCUUGCAGCCGUCAUCGCGGAUGUCACAGGCAGGAACUGUCUCCAAGGAGAGCGAAGUCUCUACUGCUCCAGAGUCGCCAAAGCAGCAACCAGUCCGCCCUGGCAAUAAGAAGCAGGACGUGCGCAAGAAGCAAGCCUCAGAUCGCAGCACUGUGAUGAUGCGCACUGAAGCGCAAAGUAAGAUUGCCAACAAGAUGUAUGACUUCGUGUACUUGCCGUACGAUUUCGAGCGCGAUGCUAACCUGGGGUAUGCAUUCGUGAACCUCGUGAGUGACGAAGCUGUCAACGCCUUCUGGGGGGAGUUUGAUGGAUUCAGGAAGUGGUCGCUUCCAAGUGCCAAGGUUUGCCGCGUUACCUGGAGUGGACCACAUCAGGGUCUGGCAGCCCAUGUGGAGCGGUACCGGAACAGUCCUGUGAUGCACAGGAGUGUGCCUGAUGAGUACAAGCCGGUCGUGUUCACUGAUGGAGUUCGCCAGCCCUUCCCAUGCCCAACUCGCAAGAUCAAGCCACCUCCUCCUCGCCCAAGCCAGUGA